GCGUGGGCCCGGGACCCUCCCCCUCCCCAAAGCCCCUCGCCCGCCGGGCUCCGGGGAACCCGCCCGACGCCCACCUGCCCCCGAGGGCCGCUGCCAUCCCGGUCUCUCGCCCCACGGGCCCGAGUCGGGGGCAGGUCAGGCAGUCUGGCGGCGCUGGGUACGUGAGGCCGAGGCUUCCGUGCGGCCUGGGCGGAGGGAGCAGAAGGGAACUGAGGCCAGAGCUUUGCCUUUUCUUCCGCUCCAGAUGUAUGACCCUUACUGCUCCUUACGAAGCUCACCCGCCUUGCCCUUCCCCGGGGACCCGCGACCCCCGGGAAGUCUUCCCGGCGGGGGGGAGGGGAGGGAGAAAGGCUGUGGAGCAACUGGUGUCCGGGGUAUGACUCGGGCGCCUGUGCCGCCUGUGUCUCGGCCUUCUGGGUGAUCAGGAAAGUCCUCCUUUCCUCUUCUCCCGGCUGGAAGCAUCUUCCUGGCUUCAGAGGGACCCCCCCCUCCCCGCCCCCAGCCUACUUUGCCCUUAGCCGGGUGCCCAGGGCGCGUGGAGAGUCCCCCCUUGGUUCUGCGAGUGGACAUGCCUUUGCCGAGUCCCUCCUGGGAUCGCUGCCGACGGUAGAUGAUCGUGGGGAGGGUGGGAUCCUUCCUGUUGCCUUUCUAGGCCUAAAUGCCCAUUGCGUCUUCUGACCAAGCCAGAGCCCCGCUUUUUGGUGUGAAUUAGAGGUGGUGAUUUUCUUUCCUGUUCUUCAAGAACGCUCCUUCGGCUAUUACUUCCCCCCACCUGAGGGUUCCGGCUUGGUGGCUUGUCACUUAGAGGGUCAGGGUCAACCCCAGGGUGUUGCUUUCUUAGAUGGUCCUCCACCGAGGCUACUGUUUGCAGAGGGAUCUUCUCUGCCCCUCUUCGCGUGUGUAGGGGAAGACUCGUAGUGUCUCCCCUCAUGUUUUCUCAAAGGGAUUGUUGGCAGUAGGGGUCAUUUUCUCCUGUGGCAGGAGCAGGUUGAGCAGUAGGAAGAUGUUGUGGCAGGUAUGAGAUGAGCCCCUGCAUUUGCUGGGAGACCAGGAAGUGGCCAUUGAGAUCACUUUUUAAUAUGCUGGAGAUCCAAGGAAAAAAUCUUUUUGUCUUGGGCCAGGUAACUCCGGUUUCUCUCACUGUAGGGUUUUUGUUUUUCCUUUACAUUGGUUUGACUAAUUACUCUUAGGACUGUGCUUUAGCCUGGUAUUUUUGGAAUAAUUCACAUUGGCUUGUAUAAUUUUGGUAGAAAUUGAGGAGUUAUGGUGUCUGUAAGUCUCUGGUUUUUGUAUCAUAAGUAAUCCUCUUGUCCCUAGUCUUCAGGCCCCAUUAAGAUCGACUUGUGGUAAUUGUCUUCAACAAAUGUUGUAUACAUUUUUGUUAUGACUUUGGGGGUGGAGUAGGCACAAGCUAUAUAAAACCUUCCAGAAUAUUUUGCAGUAACUGGAGCCGCUGCAGUUCCUAAGACUGAAAUAUUAGAGAAUAAAACAAAUGACAUGAAAAAUGAAAGCUUGGUGACUUUUGCAUCUUUUGUCCAGAGUGUAAUUUCUUGAAUUCCACGUGCCUGUUUGCCUUCGGGGAAUCUGAGAGGUUGCUGAGAUAUUAGCACUGAUCCUUAAUGCCACCUAGGAGAGCUUUGGGAUCAGGAGGCGCUUUGACAGGCGGUCAUGAUAUGUUGUAGAUUAGGUAGGGCAGUGACCUCAGAGGUUCCAGUAUUGUGUAAGGCUGUAAUCUAAAGGGUUCUUAGGGGGAGAGGAGAGGAGGGCAACGAGGAAGGGGGGUUAGCCAGAAGCGGGAGAAGGAAACAAAUCUCAUUUUUGUUGUAUUUUAGUGUGUACAGUGGUGUUCAUUCAUAGGAGCCCCUGGUUGCUGUAAUGGCAUGGGGUUCACAUGUUAUAUGGCUUGUCGGGGGGGGGACUUUAGUGAUGGGUGUGCAUAGAGUCCUGCUAAAUGUGAGCGUGGUGGAUGGAAUUGGGAAACUGUCUCUGGAUACGAGUGAUGAGGAAAGUGCCUCCUUUAAAUGCUGCCAUUGCCAGUGACCAUCUGUGAGCAUUGUUAGAACCUUUUGACAGGAGCGUGGCUUGAAGCAAACCCCAUAUAGAAACUGGAGCCGUGGCAGAAUAGGUUGCCGACAGAGGUGGUGCGACCAUAAUUCUGCAGUUUCUCUGGAUUGACCUGGGCUCAGAUCCGGAACAUGGUGGCGGUGCUGGAAGUCAUCUCCAGCCUGGAGAAAUACCCCAUUACCAAAGAGGCGCUGGAGGAAACUCGACUUGGGAAGCUCAUCAACGACGUCCGCAAGAAGACGAAGAACGAGGAGCUCGCCAAGCGGGCCAAGAAGCUGCUGCGGAGCUGGCAGAAGCUCAUCGAGCCCGUGCACCAGAAUGAGGCGGCGCUGCGGGGACUGGCGGGGGGCCCCGGCUCCGCCAACGGGGGUGCUCACAACUGCCGGCCGGAGGCGGGGGCGGCCGGCACGCCCAAGAGCAUCCACGACCUGAAGAACCGCAUUGACCUCCAGAGGCUGCGGGGGCAUCGGCUGGACAGGCUGGGCAGCCGCAAGCGCCGGGGAGACCAGCGUGACCUCGGCCACCCCGGGCCGCCUCCCAAGGUCUCCAAGGCGAGCCACGACUCCCUGGUACCCAACUCCUCCCCCCUCCCCACCAACGGGAUCGGCGGGAGCCCCGAGAGCUUCCCCGGCCCCCUGGACGGCAGCGGGCACCCGGGCCCCGAGGGUGGCCGCCUGGAGCACGGCGAGAACGACAGGCACGGCGGCAAGAUUCCCGUCAACGCGGUGCGGCCGCACACCAGCUCCCCGGGCCUCGGCAAGCCCCCCGGGCCCUGCUUGCAGACCAAGGUUGCGGUGCUGCAGCAGCUGGACCGGGUGGACGAGACUCCGGGCCCCCCCCACCCCAAGGGGCCGCCUCGCUGCUCUUUCAGUCCCCGGAACUCACGGCACGAGGGCUCCUUUGCCCGGCAGCGGAGCCCGUACGCGCCCAAGGGCUCCACGCCCAGCCCCUCUCCGCGGCCCCAGCCGCUCGACGCCACGCAGGUGCCGUCGCCGCUUCCGCUGGCCCGGCCGUCCACGCCCCCCGUGAGGCGGCUCGAGCUGCUGCCCAGUGCGGAGAGCCCGGUGCGCUGGCUGGAGCAGCCCGAGGGCCACCAGCGGCCGGCAGGGCAGGGCUGCAAAGUGGGGCUGGCGCCGGCCGAGCCCCUGCUGCCCCGGGCCGGCUUCUCCCCAGACUCCUCCAAGGCGGACAGCGACGCUGCCUCCUCUGGCGGCUCGGACAGCAAAAAGAAGAAGAGGUACCGGCCUCGUGACUACACGGUGAACUUGGACGGGCAGGUGGCCGAGGCGGGCGUCAAGCCCGUCCGGUUAAAAGAGCGGAAGCUCACCUUUGACCCCAUGACCAGACAGAUCAAACCUCUGACCCAGAAAGAGCCAGUGCGGGCUGACAGCCCCGUGCACACAGAGCAGCCCAGGACAGAGCUGGACAAGCCCGAGGCCAAGGCCAGCCUCCAGAGCCCUUUCGAACAGACGAACUGGAAGGAGCUGUCGCGCAACGAGAUCAUCCAGUCCUACCUGAGCCGGCAGAGCAGCCUGCUCUCCUCGUCGGGCGCGCAGACCCCGGGCGCCCACCACUUCAUGUCCGAGUACCUGAGGCAGGAGGAGAGCACCCGGCGCGGGGCCAGGCAGCCGCACGUGCUGGUGCCUCACAGCGCGCCCACGGACCGCCCGGGGCUGAGCCGCGAGGUCACACAGGACGAUCUGGACAGAAUCCAGGGCCACCGGUGGCCUGGGGUGAACGGGUGUCAGGACACACAGGGUAACUGGUAUGACUGGACGCAGUGCAUAUCGCUCGACCCGCACGGCGACGACGGGCGGUUGAACAUUCUGCCUUAUGUCUGCUUGGACUGAGCGGCCCGGCGGCCUCUCGGUGCGUUCCCACCUUGCAGUCAGCACGGCGGGCGGGCUGCCCCCAGUGCUUGGGAAGCCGGGGAGCCCGGCCCGGGGCAGAGGGAGGGGGCGGGAGUUUCGAGGCCUCUCCGAGCCCUUCCCUCAAAAUUCUCCUUCUUUUGUGAAAUGCUGCUACCAGUUUACUAACAAAAUUGCAAAGGAAGGACCGUGUGGAAGGAAGGCCGGCAAAGUGAGUUCAGAACUCUAUAGCGAACCAGCUAUAAAAAGCGUCAGUUCCCCACCCCGGAAGCGGUGUGGACACUUCCCAGCACCUGUAAGCUGGGACCUCAGUUGCAGGCAGGCACAGAAAACCUGUGGGAGAGGUUACCUUUAAACACAGCAACAGAAGCACGCAUCGCAUCCAUUUGCGUUUUCUUUUUCCAAAUUUGGCCCUGAGUGUGUGAGGCAGUGGGUGUACGUGCACCGUGGCCUCUGUUUGCACCCCCACCGGCCAGUGCUUCAGUUACGGUGCCAGAAGCUCGGCAGCUGCAGCGGGCCAGCUGGCCGGCUGCUGUGACCUGCGCUCCGUGGGCAUCCACACAUUUUUAUCUGGUUUCGGUUAAGACCCGGUUUUGAAAAAAAUGCUGCAAAAAUUUAAGUGUUCUAGGAGUUUAUUUUAUCCGCCUUUUCCAUCUGACCAUCAGCCAAAUAAGUUUCCUUUCUUUCUCCCUUUUCGUUUUCCCCUUCCUGCACAUAUCUUGAAAAGUUCACCUUUCCAGAUUCCCCCCCUCCCCACCCCCACCCCAAAGACAAAAGUAAUCGCGGGUGCUACUGGUGUGUAAGCUGUACUGUUGGGCAAGAGGAGACCUGUCUGUGCGCUGGAAACACUCAUAACCAUUCCUUUAGAUUCGUUUGCCUUAUGGUUAUUUGUCAUAAACGCGAUUUGCAAAAACAAGGAGCCUUAGUGAAUGUACAGUACCUAGACUUCUGUGUUCUCAGGACACAGAAGGGAGCAACUUUGCUAUUUGGUCCAGUAAGUGGACAACUUGUGAUAUAAAUGUGGAAAUAAAAAAAAAAAAAAAACCAUUUGCACAAA